AUGGGGAAGUCACGCGUUGUGUGUGACUACUGUAACAAGUCGUUCGAGGACUCGCAUGAGGCGCGACAGCGACACAAUCGUGGGCGCAACCACAAGACGAACGUUAAGCUCUGGUACGACAGCUUCACAGAUCAUGAACGACAUGCAUCUGCUGCUACGUCAGUAAACUUUGACCAGACGUUGCGUACAAUUGACCAAGGUUCUCCUGCAUGGGCGCCAGUGAAUCUAUCCUCUGCUAAACGCGAUCAAGGACCGACACAAAACCUACCGCCGUCGAUGCUCCCUGCUCCACCCGGUGCCUUCUACUAUUGUCGGUCCGAUUGGGGCUGA